UUACUAUCAUGUCAGUCGGCCGCCAGCCAACAAAGAUGGCGGCGCGAUGCGUGCUAGCGCUGUGUUUUGUUUUGCUAGUCGUUGACGCUAAGGUGUUCACGAGGUGUCAACUCACGAGGGAGCUGCUGAAAAUUAAUUUUCAGAGGACGUUUCUUAGUAAUUGGGUAUGCCUGAUAGAGCAAGAGAGCGAUAGAAACACCGCUGCUUUAGUCACUAAGUCUGCACGAAGAAAGUAUUACGGAUUGUUCCAGAUUGGCAGCGAGUGGUGCAAGGAAGGAAAGAAAGGUGGCAAAUGCGACAUCACUUGCGAAGCGUUACUGGACGAUGACAUUAAAGACGACAGCGCCUGCGCGUUGAAAGUGUUCGAGCAGGAAGGAUUCAAGUACUGGUCUAAAUGGGAGGCUCGGUGCAAAGGACACGUACUACCCGAUAUUGAGAAGUGUCCGGACUGGAAAUACCCUCCAUCCAGAUCAUCAGUAUCACCAGGCAGAGACAAGCGAAGAGUCAGGCGAUCCAAGCGAUCAAAGAACGGCUUGAGAAGACUCCUGCGCAUUCCGAACACCGGUGCACAUUUGUAAAUACUGUUAAUAAAGUACCUGAGGCUUAAA